AUGACCUUCACAGAAGAUCGGCGUCUCCGAAGAACUCUCCCAAUCCUUUUUUUUCUUCCCUUCCGAAACAAUCGUUUAUUUCUUUCACUUUCUUUUCUUUUUUCUCUUUUUUGCUUUUUUUUUUCAUUCUUUUUCCUCACUCAAAAUUUUCGGCCCUUUUUUUCUUUUAUCUAUUUUUUGCUUUCGUUUAUUAUCAUUCUAGAUUUUAGUUUCUUCUUUGUUUUUAGUAUUAAUAAGUUUUUUUUUCGCCCUUUAUUCUCACUCUUUCUUUCUUUCAUUUUUUUCUUUCUUUCUUUCUUUCUUUCUUUCUUUCUUUCAUUUUUUUUCUUUCUUUUUUUAUUGCUGUCCAUUCUUCCUUUUGUUUCUCUCCAUUCUUUUCGUUUGCCGAUUUCUCUUUAUUUAAUUUUCGUAGCUUUUCCUUUUUUUAUUUUUGAUUCCAUUGUUUUUUUUUGUUUUGUUUUUCAUUUUUCUUCUACUCCUUUCUUUUUUUUCUUUCUUUUUUUUUCUUUGUCUUUUCUUUAUUUUAUUUUCAUGUUCGUUUUCACGUUACAUUAUCUUUCUCCAUUCUUCCCCUUUAGUGGCAAUUUCUCUAUUCAUUUUCGCUGUUUUUCCUCUUACAUUUUUAAUUUCAUUUUUCUUUCUAAUGUUUUGUUAUAUAUAUCUUUCUUUUUUUCUUCUUUAUUUCAUUUUCCUUUUCUUUUCCUCCUUUCUGAUUUCUUUCGUUGUUUCUUUCGGUCCCCCCGCCUCAUCAUAUACCGUUCAUCCUGUUUUAAAUUAUUUACUUCCCUCCUUUUUAUAUCCUUUGUAUCUCGUUCAUUUGAUUUUUUGUUUGAUUACUUUUCUUAUUUACUUGUUUUCUUUUUAUAG